GAAGAAGAAGAAGAACAUAUACAUGGUCAUAUGACCGCACAGGGACGAGUGUUUACAUUCUGCCUUACUGUACGACGAAUAUAAAAUAACUGCAUUUACUGCGAGCUAACAGCAAAAUGACAAAGUUGCAGGUCAUCAACACGUUUCUGACGGAGCGCUUAAUGGCGACGCUCAAUGAAAUCAUGGACAUGAUCGGCGGGACUGUCCUGCAGUAUGAAAAAGAGCUGGACAGCGUGCAGAAGGACAACGAGUAUCUGAAGAAGAGACUGAAGGAGAUCGAGAAAAUCGUCGAGUCAAACGAUCCAGCCAUUUCAAACCCUGCGCCAUCAUCACCACCACCACAUCUAAAAUGGACUUCUAGCAUUGAAACUGAAACAAUGGCUACAGAGAUCUAUCAGGAUCAGAACCAGGUACAAAAUGAACAGCUCACCAGCACGAAAGUAGAAGAGUUCUCCAACCAUGCUCUUCUGGUGACUGAAUCAGACAUCGAUAUACCUUGUCCCCAGUUACCAAACACACUGGCUCACACAGAUAAGGACUUUGAAGCAUUCACUUUAAACGAAUUUCCUUGUGGUGUAAAAACAGAGCCUUUUGAAAAUCUUGAUUCACAGUCUACCAAUGCUAACAUAUCCGUCUACAGUCCAUUACCUCAUUGCACUGCUCAGUUACCAUCUACUACUGAUAUUAACCACAAGUCUGAUCCUAAAGUGUUCAGUGUAUUGAAUUGCACUGAUCUAGAAUCAGCUAAAUGUACGAAGCCAAAGCCUAAAACCUUGCAAGUAUCCGUCAGUAAAAUAAGCCAAAAUGUGUUAAAGACCACUUGUCCUGAAUCAGGCGUAGCUCAUGUCAACUACAACACCGCUCAUCAAUACACAGACUCAAGAUCAGUCAGGAACGACACUAUUAGCGGCAACGGUCAUCUCGGUAUAGCUAACGUUGCGGUCAACCCCCUACGUCACGCGGCAUUCAGGCAGGGUAGGGGAAGAGGACGGGGACGAGGAAGAGUCAAAGGUCCUGGGACGCACAUAUGCCCACAGUGUGGAAAACUAUUCCCGCAUCAUUCACGGCUAAAGGUGCACAUGCUCAUUCAUACAGGGGAGAAGCCGUAUGCUUGUGCUCAGUGUGGGAAACGCUUCAACAACGACGGGACUCUGAGGAACCACAGCCGCGUGCAUCUGCAGCUUCGUCUGUUUGACUGUCCUGUGUGUGCGCGUAGCUUUAAGGAUGCCUACACCUGUCGAAAUCACAUGCGUGUUCAUAAUAGGCGAGGCAAUGGUGUUUCUGCCUCAGCAGCCAAAUUAAACAGAACUUAAGCUACAGGAGAGACUCAUGGGAAGGUUUCCCUAGUGAUCGUGACAUGUGCAGUCGCAGUUUUCCUGCUCCUGAUUACUAUCAGCAGUGCUAGAUAAUAGAGACAUGUAAAAUGUGCCAUGUUGUGGGCAGGAAUGAGAGACGCUGAACAAUAUAAUAAGUCACAUGUUGAUCUUCAUGUCCUCAGAAAACCUUUCGAGUAUAGUGUUUGAUGAUGUUGUUGAAAUUCAUUUCAUGUUCCUGUCAUGUCCCCUGCCAUCACACCAGUAGGAGGCAACAAACAAGUGCCAGUAUUGCCAGCUGUUUUCUGUUGCUU